AUGAUGCUUAUCAUUUGGAUUUCGUAUUGGGAGGACCAAGGCGUCACAGCCACAAAAAACAACGUCGGCAGGUCAAGCUACCGCACCGGCCACGCCAAGACAGAGCAAUCUUUGUCAUUGAAACAAGACACCAUGUUCGACGUAGCCGAAGGCUAUGAUGUGUUCUGGGCGAAACGCAUUACGAAAAUUAACACACUGGCAUCAAGUGCUGAAGUUCUGAAACGCAAGAAGCGACUCAUACUAUGCGAGGACAAUGCUAUCUACCUGAAGAGGUCUAGCAAUGAGAAUCAGGACAAAUACACGCGCCUGUCGGCGGCCAAUUUCGUCGAGUCAAUGCACCGUAGGAGGCGGCUUUUGAAGGGCACCGGAAAGCAUGAGCCUUUCUUUAUAUAUCCGAAUUUCUGCUUGAACUGCCUCGCGCACAGUCUUGGAGAGAACCUUGCGGCUCAGGCUCAAGUCGAAAUUGAGAGCACGACAAAUUAUCGACGUAGAUACCGUUUUCAGAAGAGUGUGGUGAAGCACCCGUUGGUAAAGUUGGGAAGUGGAUUGAUGAGGUACGACUCCCGAUCGGGUGUUGGAAUGCCACCAGUGACGAAGGCGCAUCAAUGA